AUGUUCCAUUUGCGUUUUCUCAUUAAUGUUAGCCUUCUUCUAUCAACGUUAGCCUCAAAAUCCACACUCAAUGACACCACUCUUUACCAUUUACACCACUUGGACCUUCAACAUGGCUAUCCAGUGGACGCGUUUGGCAAAAUGUUUGCAACUUUUGUGGUAAAAGCAGAGGGUCAACAUGGAGACAUCUGUUAUGUCAAAAUUGACAAGUAUAAAGAAGCAUCUAGGCGUUGCCAACGCGCAAUCCAAGCUCUGCAUGGCAUCUAUGGUGCCUUGGACUACGAUAAGAUCAUGCACAACUACUCGCAUUGGCCGUAUCCCGUAGGGGAGAUGCGAAGAGCAAACACAAGAACGAUGCAGUCAUGGUCACAGCAUCUGUUCAAGCAGACGUGGAUGUACCUACCCAUCUACUCGCAAAAGGACCUCACACCGGGGAGGCCGUUUCGGGACGUGGGUGGACUGAUUACCUCGGAGAGACUGGUGGCAAUUCGAGAGGUGAUGGAGGAGUGUGCGCAGUCGUUGGCGAGACCGUUGGGAGAGGGUGAGAUGCGGGACUGGGCGUGUGGUUAUGCAAAGUUUCUGGCAAUAAUGCAUGAGAGUGGUGAGAAUAUGCCAAAAGAUAGCAUUCACGUGGUCCCGAGGACUGACAGUCGAUCGAUGUCUGGUAAGCUACUAACUACUGAUUACAUAUGUUUUCUGUGGACUCUAUUUUUUUACGCACAAGCUUUAUUUUGGCUCCUCUUCUGCAAACAUGCAUGGGGUAAAGCUGUUUAUCUGCGCAGAGGCGAUUCCAGUUUCUCUACCUACCAUCCGUCUUGCCCCAACGUUUGCGCUCGCUACUACGGAAACCCGUGCCUUGGAAAGGAUAAUGUGAUUCAGCCAUCCAUUUCUCUUGUAAAAGGCUCAUCACAUCAUUACGAUCGCAUCUAUGGAGUGCAAAUAUGCCGGAGUAAACAUUUUGAUUUUGGAGAAAAUGAUGAAUUGGUCGAAGGCUAUGCCGCAUUCACAAAUCAGGCAUAUGAAUGCGUGUGCAAGAAAUUCGAAAUGUGCAGACUAUUGUUUGUACUUAAGGGGUACGUGUGGUCAAAAGAGACGAAAUCGUGUAUUUUGGAGGAUGGCUGCGGUGGUAAAUCGAAAUGCGAUCCUCUUGGUACACGAAUGUGCGUCUCUUCGGUUGUGAAUCUGCCGAAUUCCUUAAGUCUUCCGUUUGUUUGUCUUUGCUUCCCUGGUUACAUGGGCCCAAGGUGUGAAAAACGGCGUGACGCCUGCAUUGAGAAUGAAGACCCAAACCAGUUACCGGGAAACCAGGCCUGUCGCGUUUUUCUCGGUAACAGCUGUGAACCUCGAGUUGGCACAAACAUCUAUACUUGCCAUUGCAGUGACCUCUAUGGUAGCGAUGACACGGUAGCAUUUCCUAACUGCUAUCGUCGGAAACAGAUCUGUGCCGGAGUCAUUUGUCGUCGCGGAGAAUGUUUCUCCUCCCGAGACCAACUCAGCUACGUCUGUGUUUGUCAAAUGGGUUGGCGAGGCCGACAUUGUGACAUUCCCGACAUCCGAAUGUGGCUUCCUUGGGAGGGAUGGAGUGGUUGCUCUGCUGAAGUGUGUUCGGGACUCGGUUGGCGACAUCGUAUUCGACAUUGUCGAGCUAAUUUAACUCAACUAGCUGCCGUUGAAGUGGAUAAGGGACUUUGUGAGGGACAAGACGUACAACGGCAACUCUGUAAGGCCACGUGUCCAGACUCGGUCAGCCCUUUCGUAACUCUCAUAAAGAUUAUUCUCGUCUUCUCCCUUGGAUGUGUACUUAUUGUUGUAUUUGUGGGUUUACUGUUUGUGAAGGUGAAAAUUGAGGUUGAUUAA